GUUGUGGACAUCGUUUCACCAUCCUACGAAGCUCACAAAACAAGAACAAUCCAAAAGCAAAAACAAAGCUACAAAACCAAACAAUACAAGCCCUAAGAAGAAACUGAAACAUCCACAUACUGCAACCAAAUAAAUUGAAUCAAGCAAGCACCAUAAUACAGAGAAAGAAGACAAACAAAACAAAAGUGAAGCAACAAACACAGAAAACAACUGACAACACCAAAAACAGCCACGAAAACACCAAAAACAAAACUCCAAAACAACAGCAACACAAAAGAAAUUUCCAUUGAAAAUGAAGCUAACCACCACAUUCGCCCUAUUAAUCACCACUGCUCAUUUUGCCCCAUCAUUGGCAACCCAAAAACCUAAACACUCCCUUCGUGGAAGUAACCCAAAGAACCAACAGAACCAGGAUCUUACAGUAGUCUACCCAGAGUGUUAUGAGACCAAUCCCUCUUCAUCAGUCCUGGCUGGUGCAUUUGACUCUGAUAUUGAAGCCUACCGCUAUUGCAAGUAUGAGUGCCGCAAUGAUGUAUCUGUCUGCUUGGACUGGAUGUCAGCCUAUCCUAUGCCUGUCUACCCAGAGUGUGACGAGACCAACCCCUCUGGUGAUGUUUUGGCUGGAGUCUUUGACUCUGCAAGUGAGGCAUACAACUACUGUAUCGGAGAGUGCCGAAAGGAUGAUGCUAUCUGUCAAGUUUGGCAGGACAACUACCCUGAGACCAGGAAGCUUUCAGUAGUCUACCCAGAGUGUUAUGAGACCAACCCCUCUUCAUCAGUCCUGGCUGGUGCAUUUGACUCUGAUAUUGAAGCCUACCGCUAUUGCAAGUAUGAGUGCCGCAAUGAUGUAUCUGUCUGCUUGGACUGGAUGUCAGCCUAUCCUAUGCCUGUAUAUCCAGAGUGUGACGAGACCAACCCCUCUGGUGAUGUUUUGGCUGGAGUCUUUGACUCUGCAAGUGAGGCAUACAACUACUGUAUCGGAGAGUGCCGAAAGCAUGAUGCAAUCUGUCAAGUUUGGCAGGACAACUACCCAUAA